GUCACACACACAAACACACAAUCAUCUUUAUUGUUGUCGUUGCCGACGGCUCACUGAUCUUUCCACACCAACUACUACUACUACUACUACUGCUGCUGCUACUAGGUCGAACUUCAAGACACUGAUACCGGUACAGCAUCAUCCAAGCGCACUGGCGGUACGUUCCAUAUUCGCAUCAAGAAGGCCGGUGAGGUCAAUAUGGACGAGCUGCGUCAAUUCUUGGAAGGCACAACGCGUUUGACGCCAAACUGCUUGACAGGUGAGCAACCUCAGCAUGAUGACUGGGAUCAUCGCAUGGUUACCACAACAAUAACAACAAACCACUAAUGAACGUACAUGACAACAAUGACUGUUUUGCUGUACUACUGCAUAUUCAAUUAUCAGCAAUCAUGAUCUUGGAUGUGUUGAUCCGUCACAUGCCCAGUAUGCUGUACGCAACCGUGGGCCGCUCUUUUUUCACACCGCAAGAACGACGCUCAUUACCCAACGGUGCUGAGGUAUGGCAAGGCUUCUACCAAUCUGCCCGACCCGGGGUUGGCAAGAUGAUGAUCAACGUGGAUGUGAGCGCCACCGCGUUUUACGAGAGCGACCGACUGCCCGAAAUGGCUGCCAAGAUCCUCGGUCGACGCACAGUGGACGAUUUGCGUCGUGGCAUCACCGACCGCGACCGUGCAAAACUGGAAAAAGCGCUCAAGGGCCUGAAAGUUCAAAUCAACCAUCGCGGCGAGAACAAGCGCAGGUUCAAGAUCCUGCGACUCACGCCCUCGACCACAGACCGUACGCUGUUCCAAGACCAAGACGGCAAUGAGCUGAGCGUGUCGCAGUAUUUCGCCAAACACUACAACAUGCGACUGGAGUACCCGUUCUUGCCAUGCAUUGUUGUCCGCAAGGACAUGUUUCUGCCCAUGGAAGUCUGUGACAUUGUCUCGGGCCAACGCUUCAUGAAGAAGCUCAACGAGAAACAAACGGCCGAAAUGAUCAAGUUUACGUGUCAAAAGCCAAAUGUCCGCGCCAACAAGAUUAAGCAAGGCUACAAUUUGUUGCAGUACAAGGACAAUCAGUACAUGCAACAGUUUGGCAUGACCGUCAAGCCCGACAUGGCCAUGAUCAGUGCACGCGUCUUGCCCACACCGCAAAUCACGUAUUCGACCACUUCGCCCGAGGGAACCUUCACACCCGUUGGCGGUGCAUGGAACUUGCGUGGUAAAAAAGUCGCUCAGGGCGCCACAUUGGGAUCGUGGUCGGUCGUGAAUUUUCAGUCGCAGCUGCAGAAUCCGGCGAUCGCACGCUUUGUCCGAGAGUUGUGCCAGACAUUUAUCGAGACCGGGUUGAACGUGGUAAACCGUAAUCCACCCAUCACCCAUGGCGAUCCACAAGGAAGUAUUGACCGUACAUUGAAAGAAGCGUGGCUCAAGGCCGGCAACAUUGCAAAGGCCACGCCACAAUUGAUCUUGUGCAUCUUGCCCAACACAGGGGUGCCACUGUAUGCCGAGAUCAAGCGCGUGUCGGACACGGUGAUCGGUAUCCCCACACAGUGUGUCCAGUCCAAGCACAUUGCCGAUGCCAAGAAGCAAUACUGUGCCAACGUCUGCUUGAAGGUCAACAUGAAGCUGGGUGGCAUGAACAUGUUCCUCGACGCGCACCAGAUCCCUUUCAUUUCGGAACGUCCGACGAUUGUGUUUGGUGCCGACGUGACCCACCCAGCUCCAGGCGAUCUGAACCGUCCUUCGGUCGCUGCUGUCACGGCCUCCAUGGAUGCCCGGGCAUCGCGCUACGCCAGUGCCAUCCGUGUGCAAGCCAACCGUACCGAAAUCAUUGCCGAUCUUGCCAACAUGGUCAAGGAGUUGCUCAAGAGCUUCUACCAGGCAUGUGGUCAAAAGCCCGACCGUGUUCUUUUCUAUCGUGAUGGUAUUUCCGAAGGUCAGUUCAGUGCCGUGUUGGAAAACGAGGUCCAGCAGGUCCAUGCGGCGUGUGCGUCACUCGACCCGGAUUACAAGCCAACAGUGACAUUCGUGGUUGUUCAGAAGCGUCAUCACGCUCGAUUUUUCCCGGUGGAGGCUCGCGAUGCGGAUCGGACUGGCAACUGCCAGCCUGGCACAGUCGUUGAUACUGAAAUUGUGCAUCCAUUUGAAUUUGACUUUUACCUACAAUCCCACGCCGGACUGCAAGGCACUUCCCGCCCCACCCACUAUCAUGUCCUGUACGACGAAAACAAGUUCACUUCUGAUUCGCUCCAAGAGCUCACCUAUCGUCUGUGCUACAUUUAUGGCCGGGCUACACGUGCGGUGUCGAUAGUGCCGCCGGCAUACUAUGCCGACCUGGUGGCGGCCCGUGCCCGUUUCCAUCGCCGAGGUGAGAACUGGUCUGACACGGAAGCCACGUCCGAAAGCCUAGACUCUGAGCAGCAGAUGGCGAGCUUUGCCGUGGUCAAACCUGAGCUGCAGAAAGUCAUGUACUACAUGUGAAGAAGUACAACAACAACCUGGCGCAUGCUUUUCUUCUGCUUCUUCUUGCUUGCUUGCUUGCUUGCUUGCUUGCUUGCUUGUACUUGGUAUCCGCAAGCCAACAGAAUACUUUGCUGCUGAUAAGUU